AUGAGUCGACUCAUCUCUACUAGCCGCUUUAUUGCCAAUGCCUUGGGCUCUCCCCCUCGCAGAUACCAGCAGAGGACGUCCACCUCUCCAGGAGGAACAGAGAGAACUCAUGUAAUCAGGCAUCCUGAUGACAAUGAAAUCAAUAGGAACAUGCGACAACAAGUGUUGGAGGCACAAGAUGAAAGUCGCUCCACCAACAGCAUCAAAGCCCAGACUCCCAAAGCAAUGGAGUACUUCCAGUACUGCGACUAUGCAUACUCCACGGAUCCCUACAAAUAUCAUCUUGUGGCAGAAAGAGUCUACCGGUUUAUGUGGUACCAAUGCUUCAGGGAGCAGAAGGCGAAAGGUUUGACCAAAGCACAAAGGGCGCUUCCUCCAGAGCAAAGAGACUACUUUGACCCUGAGGACUACGAAAAGGUGAUUGCACAUUUAAAGAAAGGCCCAGCCAGCCGCCUGGCAGCAGUGCCACAACCUACAAAUCCGAUUGGACCUACUACCUUUACUGCUUAUCAGUCUGUUAUGAAAAAGAUCUACAACGUACAAGUUGCCAUGACAGGAAAUAGUGGGUUACCAGCACAGCUUAGGGUGCAAUGGGAUUUCAUAUGGAUUGAUGAAGAUAUGAAAAUUCUGCGAGAUCAUGUGAAGGGGAGAAAACCCAAAAGAGACAAAGCCAACUACAAAGAGAAGGUAACAGGCGAAUUUUCUCCAUACACCAUUGUUGAGCACUAUGAGAAAAUGGAAGACUACAUGUGGUGCCGCAGCCAGUUUGCAAGAGGUUAUAGAUCAGUCAACAAAUCUCUCCGCCACAGGUUUUGUCUUCUCUAUUUGACCUCUGGUGUGCUGCGAUCUGAAAGUUUGCAUCGUGCUGAGCUGAGUGACUUCCUUGGCAUCAACCUUCCCAAGGCACCCAAUGAUGUUCAAGCGCCCUACUUGAUGGUCAACCAGAUCCCAAUUGGAAAGACAGCUUCUCGAGGAGCAAGACAGUUUGGCAGGGCUACAAGACAUAAGGAAGUUUGCUACUGUGCCAUAAAUGGACUAGCUUUCUAUCUCCAGCAUCGCCUAUUCUGUACCAGAGAGUUCGAGACAAUGACAGUUGAGGAUUGGAUGAAGAAUGAAGAAUGGUUUGACAUCAAGCUACUUAUUGAUGUAGGAUCCCCCCAGAACAACAAAACAGAAAUGCGCAAUGACAGCUAUGGAGACUGUGUGGGUGACAUGCUCAAAGCCCUUGGCCUGGCAUGUAACAAGAUUCAGCAUCUUGGUCGCAACAUUGGCCCAAAAACGCUGGAAAUGUGUAUGGAGGAAGCAGAGAACAUCAGGCGAAUGGGGCAAUGGGCUGAGGGUGUCCAGGAUCGCUCCUACAGUACAAAACUGCCCAUGUCACCAAUCAGAGCACUAGCAGGAUUUACAGGCGGAAAAGACAGCAUCUACUGGCUACCAAGAAGCACUGUUGAGCCAAGUAAGGAAUUACUGGCGAAAACACCUAUUGGAAAGUGGGUGUACGCUGCUUAUGAUGCUGUUGUGGAGGCAGACAAGAACUGCAAGAAACAGACAGCAAGGGCGUUCCUCUCUUUUUUAAUGGAUAUCAACAAAAUUUUCCUACAAGAUGCCGCUGCCAUGAUGAUCGAGCAACCAGAGAGAUGUGUGGACCAUCCUUUGUUCAAGGAGCUGCACUGCCUUCUUUCAGAUGAGUUUGCAUCAUUCAAAGAGGAAAUGAGAGUUGCAUUGAAAGAGGCGCAAGACCCACUGGAUUCCAAUCUUCAGCGAGUGCUUCCAGGUUUGCACCAGUGGCACAGAGCAAACGAUUCGGCAAUGGGUAUCCUCCAGCAGAGAGUUGACAGCAUUGCACAAACUGUCAAUGAUGGCAUUAGCAGCUUGAUUUCUUUCAGCAGACAAUGCGAGAACAGAAGACAGCAUACAGAGCAACGGCUAGCUACUAUUCUAGAAAGUGGUGCCAUGGCUUUAAGGGGCAAUGGCGCGACUACAAUGGAGGACGAUUUGGUGGCUCUUACACAAGACAGUCAUGAGCUUGAUGACGUCGCGGAUUUCCACAAUGAUCCACCUCCACCACUAUUUUUUGACAGUGAAAUGACAGAUGCAGAGCCACUUAACAACAACAGAACUACUUCCCCGGUGGAAUACGAAGCUGCUGGAACUCUUCUUCAAGUGGGCGCAACUACUGCGACUACAGCUGUUACCGGUACUGGUGGAUUGUCUGGAGAGGAAAUACGGUGCGGAGCUGUUAUUGGUGUCACCUUACCCAAUUCCUCCUUCUACAUCCGACCAAACCAACCGUCCCUUUCGGCAUUGAUGGAUGAGUAUUGUGGGAGAGCAGAUUUUCACGAUGCUCUUGGAGGGCCAGAAGGUAGAGAGAAGAGAUGGAAAAACAAAUGGAGAAAGCAUUGGAGUGCUGCACAAACAGCACAAUACUUGAGGACUGUGGCUGUGGUGAAAGGAAUCCGCGCCUUUGGAGAGGAGCAGAAUUUGGAUGAAUUUGAUGCUUGCGCCACACUUCAAAAAGUGUUCAAAGAAGAGUGCAAGUGCUCUGUUGCGAACAUGAAGAAGUAUCUACAAGAGAAGGAGUUGCUUGGAAAGAAGAAGUCUCGAGGACGUACCAAACUAGCUGAGUAG